AUGAACUCGAGCGUUACUCAGAAGGAUGUGCCGUAUCCCACAGUUUUUCCACUGCCGCAAAGGUUCAAAUGUUACCCUUGGCAACAAACGGCCAAUGGGGUGACGACGAGAACCGAGACUGACACGGAUGGCAUCUAUGGACCACCGAGUGGAGAAUACACGAUAUAUAACUACCAAAACAAUGGAAACGCGCAAGUGUACGAACUGCAGAGUCCAUGCGUCAACUGCGGCACCAAGGGAUCCUCGGCGGGAGCUCAAAGCGCAUCAUCUAGUUACGCCGACAACAGUGGUGGCUCCAAGGGGUCCUCGGCGGGAGCUCAAAGUGCAUCAUCUAGUUAUGCCAACAACAGCGGUGGCUCCGAUGGGUCUUCGGCGGGAGCUCAAAGCGCAUCAUCUAGUUAUGCCAACAACAGCGGUGGCUCCGAUGGGUCUUCGGCGGAAGCUCAAAGCGCAUCAUCUAGUUAUGCCAACAACAGCGGUGGCUCCGAUGGGUCUUCGGCGGGAGCUCAAAGCGCAUCAUCUAGUUAUGCCAACAACAGCGGUGGCUCCGAUGGGUCUUCGGCGGGAGCUCAAAGCGCAUCAUCUAGUUAUGCCAACAACAGCGGUGGCUCCGAUGGGUCUUCGGUGGGAGCUCAAAGCGCAUCAUCUAGUUACGCCAACAACAACGGUGGCUCCGAUGGGUCUUCGGCGGGAGCUCAAAGCGCAUCAUCUAGUUACGCCAACAACAACGGUGGCUCCGAUGGGUCUUCGGCGGGAGCUCAAAGCGCAUCAUCUAGUUACGCCGACAACAACGGUGGCUCCGAUGGGUCUUCGGCGGGAGCUCAAAGCGCAUCAUCUAGUUACGCCGACAACAGUGGUGGCUCCAAGGGGUCCUCGGCGGGAGCUCAAAGUACAUCAUCUAGUUAUGCCAACAACAGCGGUGGCUCCGAUGGGUCUUCGGCGGGAGCUCAAAGCGCAUCAUCUAGUUACGCCAACAACAACGGUGGCUCCGAUGGGUCUUCGGCGGGAGCUCAAAGCGCAUCAUCUAGUUACGCCAACAACAACGGUGGCUCCGAUGGGUCUUCGGCGGGAGCUCAAAGCGCAUCAUCUAGUUACGCGAACAACAGCGGUGGCUCCAAGGGAACCUCGGCGGGAGCUCAAAGCGCAUCAUCUAGUUACGCCAACAACAGCGGUGGCUCCAAGGGAACCUCGGCGGGAGCUCAAAGCGCAUCAUCUAGUUAUGCCAACAACAGCGGUGGCUCCGAUGGGUCUUCGGCGGGAGCUCAAAGCGCAUCAUCUAGUUACGCCAACAACAGCGGUGGCUCCAAGGGAACCUCAGCGGGAGCUCAAAGCGCAUCAUCUAGUUACGCCAACAACAGCGGUGGCUCCAAGGGAACCUCAGCGGGAGCUCAAAGCGCAUCAUCUAGUGAUGCCAACAACAGCGGUGGCUCCAAGGGAACCUCGGCGGGAGCUCAAAGCGCAUCAUCUAGUUACGCCAACAACAGCGGUGGCUCCAAGGGAACCUCGGCGGGAGCUCACAGCGCAUCAUCUAGUUACGCCAACAACAGCGGUGGCUCCAAGGGAACCUCGGCGGGAGCUCAAAGCGCAUCAUCUAGUUACGCGAACAACAGCGGUGGCUCCAAGGGAACCUCGGCGGGAGCUCAAAGCGCAUCAUCUAGUUAUGCCAACAACAGCGGUGACUCCGAUGGGUCUUCGGCGGGAGCUCAAAGCACAUCAUCUAGUUAUGCCAACAACAGCGGUGGCUCCAAGGGAACCUCGGCGGGAGCUCAAAGCGCAUCAUCUAGUUAUGCCAACAACAGCGGUGACUCCGAUGGGUCUUCGGCGGGAGCUCAAAGCGCAUCAUCUAGUUACGCUAACAACAGCGGUGGCUCCAAGGGAACCUCGGCGGGAGCUCAAAGCGCAUCGUCUAGUUACGCGAACAACAGCGGUGGCUCCAAGGGAACCUCGGCGGGAGCUCAAAGCGCAUCAUCUAGUUACGCCAACAACAGCGGUGGCUCCAAGGGAACCUCGGCGGGAGCUCAAAGCGCAUCAUCUAGUUACGCCAACAACAGCGGUGGCUCCAAGGGAACCUCGGCGGGAGCUCAAAGCGCAUCAUCUAGUUACGCCAACAACAGCGGUGGCUCCGAUGGAUCUUCGGCGGGAGCUCAAAGCGCAUCAUCUAGUUACGCGAACAACAGCGGUGGCUCCAAGGGAACCUCGGCGGGAGCUCAAAGCGCAUCAUCUAGUUACGCCAACAACAGCGGUGGCUCCAAGGGAACCUCGGCGGGAGCUCAAAGCGCAUCAUCUAGUUACGCGAACAACAGCGGUGGCUCCAAGGGAACCUCAGCGGGAGCUCAAAGCGCAUCAUCUAGUUACACCAACAACAGCGGUGGCUCCAAGGGAACCUCGGCGGGAGCUCAAAGCGCACUAUCUAGUUACACGAACAGCAGCAGUGGCUCCAAGGGAACCUCGGCGGGAGCUCAAAGCGCAUCAUCUAGUUACGCGAACAACAGCGGUGGCUCCAAGGGAACCUCGGCGGGAGCUCAAAGCGCAUCAUCUAGUUACGCCAACAACAGCGGUGGCUCCAAGGGAACCUCGGCGGGAGCUCAAAGCGCAUCAUCUAGUUACGCCAACAACAGCGGUGGCUCCAAGGGAACCUCGGCGGGAGCUCAAAGCGCAUCAUCUAGUUACACCAACAACAGCGGUGGCUCCAAGGGAACCUCGGCGGGAGCUCAAAGCGCACUAUCUAGUUACACGAACAGCAGCAGUGGCUCCAAGGGAACCUCGGCGGGAGCUCAAAGCGCAUCAUCUAGUUACGCCAACAACAGCGGUGGCUCCAAGGGAACCUCGGCGGGAGCUCAAAGCGCAUCAUCUAGUUACGCGAACAACAGCGGUGGCUCCAAGGGAACCUUGGCGGGAGCUCAAAGCGCAUCAUCUAGUUAUGCCAACAACAGCGGUGGCUCCAAGGGAACCUCGGCGGGAGCUCAAAGCGCAUCGUCUAGUUACGCGAACAACAACGGUGGCUCCAAGGGAACUUCGGCGGGAGCUCAAAGCGCAUCAUCUAGUUACGCCAACAACAGCGGUGGCUCCAAGGGAACCUCGGCGGGAGCUCAAAGCGCAUCAUCUAGUUACCCCAACAACAGCGGUGGCUCCGAUGGGUCUUCGGCGGGAGCUCAAAGCGCAUCAUCUAGUUACGCGAACAACAGCGGUGGCUCCGAUGGGUCUUCGGCGGGAGCUCAAAGCGCAUCAUCUAGUUACGCCGACAACAGUGGUGGCUCCAAGGGGUCCUCGGCGGGAGCUCAAAGUACGUCAUCUAGUUAUGCCAACAACAGCGGUGGCUCCGAUGGGACUUCGGCGGGAGCUCAAAGCGCAUCAUCUAGUUACGCCAACAACAACGGUGGCUCCGAUGGGUCUUCGGCGGGAGCUCAAAGCGCAUCAUCUAGUUACGCCGACAACACCGGUGGCUCCGAUGGGUCUUCGGCGGGAGCUCAAAGCGCAUCAUCUAGUUACGCCGACAACAGUGGUGGCUCCAAGGGGUCCUCGGCGGGAGCUCAAAGUACAUCAUCUAGUUAUGCCAACAACAGCGGUGGCUCCGAUGGGUCUUCGGCGGGAGCUCAAAGCGCAUCAUCUAGUUACGCCAACAACAACGGUGGCUCCGAUGGGUCUUCGGCGGGAGCUCAAAGCGCAUCAUCUAGUUACGCCGACAACAACGGUGGCUCCGAUGGGUCUUCGGCGGGAGCUCAAAGCGCAUCAUCUAGUUACGCCGAACAACAGCGGUGGCUCCAAGGGAACCUCGGCGGGAGCUCAAAGCGCAUCAUC